UUUUCCCAUUACUAAGAUUUGUAAACAACGGACGGACUGUACAGAACCAACAGAAGCUAGAUUUGAUGAAGUUAUGGCCGCCGGGGAAUCGAGUUCAGAUCGUAUGGUGGACGAAGAACACCAAAACGUUCAAACAAAAACCCGUCUAGGGUGUGUGAAGCCACGAACACUUGGGCUGUUUUUCGUCGUUUCCAUUUUGAUCAAUUUUUUGUUGGUGUCCAUAAUGUUGGGAUUAUUGCUUGCCGGAAAACUGGCACAUGAUACAGGAACGGAUCAUGAAAAAGGAGAGGAUAUGACAGCAGAUAAGUCAGCUGUAAAGAGUGCAGCACUAGAUAUACCGGAACUAGACCAAGUGUGUUUACAGUGUGAUCCCGGAGACGGCGUGAAGCUCGAACUAGUUACAUUAUACCCCAUCAACAACGGUACAAAGCCGCUCUGUUGUAAAACGUAUUCUCAGACCGAAAAGGAUAGAAAACAGCAAAUGGUUCAGACACACCUGGGUUUUGACAUCCUCGCCUGUCCACCAAUUCCAGAUCAAAGAGUUAAGCCCGCCGGCCUGUGUUUCUUGGAUUUCGAACGGAGCUCAGAUAGAGGAUUACGUGUGUAG